UCAGUAUCUUGUUUGUUAAAAUUUCUUGUGCAUAAUUUUAUCGCGAGUUCUUGAAAAUUCUAGCGAAAUCCUAAUAUAAUAGUCAUUUAAUGGCUUAAUUAGAAGAGUGACUGAUUAAAGAAAAGUUAAGGGAACGACGUGAUUUAAUUCCGAAAAGGCUUAAAAAGGCUGAACUUCACGAGGUGGUAAACUACGCAUCGAUCUUAAAAAACUCCACGCAUAGGAAAGAGAGAGGAAGAAAAGAAAUUCUCUGGAGAGCAUCGUGUUGCAUCGUUAAGUGAAAAAGCCGCGCUUAUUUAUUUGUCGGUGGUACAUCACCCAACAAAUUGAACAUAUACGAUUCCUACACUAGAGAUUUUGCGAACGGAACUUUGGUUUUAAUUUUCUGCUUGCGACGUUUCUCCUGAAUCCUUCGACUGAUUUUGUUCUUCAACAUCGUUAUAAUUUUUAGACAUUUUUCAAUCUAUUUACAUCUGAAGUGCAUACAUACGAUAUAUAUUCAAUAAAUUAAUUCCUAGGCGAGGUGUAGAAACUAUUCGAAUACCUGCUGCCUAAAUUCGUCGACACAUUCGCGGACAGUCGAUCUAUUUAUUGCUAAGAUGCAACGGGGGUCGUCGACCUGUGGUAUGUCGUCCGAAUAAUUUUAGGUAACCACGAAAUUGGAAAUCAACGGAGUUACAAAGUUCGAAAUCGGAAGAUAGAAACACGGUCAAGAUCAAUGAGUAUUAUGUACACGUGCUCGUGAAUUCUUUCCAAUCACGAAUAUCAAUCAUCCAUCUUCUAGCUUCUUUUUAAAGAUGUUCAUAUAGAAAGGGAAAAUCUUUGAGUGAAUAUUCGUUGUAUACUUCCCAAGGAGUGUGUUCGAAGUCACGAUUCAGAAGAAUUCGUAUUCUGCAUUGAAAAUAGAUUCGCAGCAGUGACAGAUCUCUGAAUUACCCUACGAUUUGAAGGAGUCGUGGUUCGAUUUAACAGCAUACCAGCCAAUAGUGCUUGCGUUCAGAUUAUCUGACACACGGCAGUUCUAUGAUAGAUUAAGAGUCGUUACAGAGAAGGAUUCGAGCAUCUUGGAAUAUGCCCGGUCAUAAAUUUAUGAAGCGCAACUGAUUGCUCGACGAUCUGGUUUUCUUGGUAAAUUCUGUGUGGAAUUUUGAUCAAGAUUUGCCAACUGCUUGUCUCAAAUCGUCAUUUAUUUACACGCGUGUUCUCGAAUCCAAUAAUAUUGAACACAUAGAGGAAAAUCGAUCCGGCCGAAGAAUCUCUACUCCUAAUGCUGUUUGAAACACAUGUAUCCAGUUUGAUAUCUAGUCAACAUCCAACGUAUCCACUUAAGAUAAAGUAAAAGUCGAAUUAUAGCGUGAAACAAGACACCAAGAAACAUACCCACUCACAGAAAUAACGGAAGCACAAAAGUGAUGACCUAUUGUGAUAGUUCUAGCUGAUUCCAAGAGAACAAUCUCUUGAUAAAGAAUACUUCAAAUUAGUUUGUAAUCCAAACUAAUUCGUGUUACGGUUAUCAUAAACCACAAACGUUUAUUUUCUUUUUUAAUCGGGAUAAGGGAGAAAGCGUGUUGUAAAGAUGUCGAGUUCACCGGAUACCCAGAAAGGGCCACCCCCGAGGUUAAAGAUUCAGCUUCCGUUACCAGGGCAAUAUUAUCCGCAGACCGGUAUGGCGUACGUCCCAACCCCGUACGGGCAGACACCUAUACCGAUGACACCGGUUUCCGGUCAACCGCAGGUGAUUUACUCGAACAAGGCCAGUGAGUUUGUCUUUAGCCAAUUCAAGGGUAUCAAGGAUCUGACCAAAUCUGGGCUGAGCGUCGGAGAGAAGAGCGCGUUUUGGCUUUACGAGAAGGUCAGUUCCUGGAGCAAACGAUGGUUCACACACAUUUUCUUAUUUGUUAUCGUGCUUUUGUACAGUAUCGGAGGCGCGAUGAUAUUCGUCACGAUCGAGGGAACCAACGAAGACAUAGUGCAUAGCAGUAUUCGAAGGGAAAGGAAAGCGAGCUUAAAGAAUAAGCACAAACGCGACGACAGGAGCGUGGAUACAUUAUAUCGGUUUCAUCGGGAAACACAAGAUCGGCAACAACAGCAGGAAAAUGUGGGACGAUCGAACGUGUAUUAA